AUGAUGCUACAUGGUAAACGCAUAGCAUGGUACGGCAUCGGGACAGAAUACCUCAACGCAAUUGUGCCCGUCUGGAGUGCCGAGGUAGCAUCACACACCUCGAGAGGAACCUUUAUAGCGAGCGGAUUAACCCUCAAUAUCUUCGGAGUCGUUGUGGCAUACUGGAUUGAAUUUAGCCUCGGUUUCAUUGACGAAGGAAAGGGGCAAUUGCGAUGGAGAUUAUCCACUGCAAUCGAGGUCAUACCUGUCUUGAUGCUGAUGAUUACAUAUACGCUGUGCACGCUGUUCGGCAUUUUUUGUAUCGACCGUGUCGGCAGGCGCAUCGGUCUGUGGUGGGGCGCUGUCGGGCACGGCAUCUCUCUUAUCCUCGCAGGCGCUUUGAGUAGCAAGGACCACCUAGAUAAGCGCAGCAGUACGACGGCAAAUCGCACGCUGGAAGAGAUGUGGGAUGAAGAAACGUGUUGCAAAGCAUGGCAGGAGAGGCGUAGCGAGGUGGCGACAUGUGAAGAAUAA